CGAGUUACUGCAUCUACGUCUACGUUUGCGCCUAUACAAAGCGGUGAUCAUGCUAUUAGCUCUAUUACUACUUCCACUAUAAAUGGCAAGAAUGCGGCAGCAACCGGUGGUGAGGCCAAACUAGAAGCUAAAGGAAACAAAAACGAUUGCGCUGCUGUGGUGCCCAUAAAAACAGCCACAGUUUCCUCGCGCCUGCCUGGUCCGAGUAUAUUAAAAGCUAGCAAACCGACGGACAUUGUUAAGCCACCCCCCGAAAAAAGUCCCAGCAAACAGCCUUUAAUACAGGCUGAAUUAAGACCCAAUGAUAGUGUAGUCUCGUUUCUCAAUGAAAAGGGAACUACAUUAAAAUCAAACGAUUUUAAUGAUAAAAUAACCAAAGUAACUGCCACUAUAGUAUUGCCCACUAGUACUGGGCCCAGCACAACAACUACUACCAAUAUACAACAAUCUAAAACUGUUACAACCACAACGACAGCAACGGCAACGGCAAAACGUGUUGUGGCGGGUACAGCCGAAAGUGGUAGAGAACUGAAGAGUUUAACCACUUUCGCUACCACCACAACUAAGCCUACGAUCACAGAUAUAGUAAGUACAAAAUCAGCUGUUAGCACAACUAUGGCCAACAUUGCCAGUAGCAGUAGUAGUGUGCCCACUAGCACCACCUUUGCGGUGACAAUGUUGCCUUCGGUCACUACAACAGCUACAAAACCCACAGUCCCUUCUAUAAGUAAACCAACUACAGCGGCAACAGUAACAGCUACAAAACCACAAACUAUAGCCAGCACUGCGUCAAGUGUGGCCAAUUGUAUAACGAAACCAAUUACAGCUUCCACAGCGUUUACAACAGAUCCAGCUACAAAAUCAAAUGUAGAAAUUAUAAAUAAAACAAUGGCUGCCAUUAAAACAACAAAUUCAGCUACAUUAGCUACAGCAAAUAUGAAAACUACAACAAUUGUUGUAAAUAGUAAUAAUAACAUGACUACAAGUACUGCAACAACUACGACAAAUCAAAUUAAAACCACAGCAGCAUGUACUACUGCGUCAGUUGCAGGUAAAGCUCCCACCACCGCCACUAAACCACAAACUCCUAUAACAGCCACAAUAGUUUCUUUAGGUAAACCACAAACUCCAGUCACUAGCACUGCAGUAAUAACUACACAAACUUCUACAACAGCUGUUAAAACUCCCACCACUAACACCAAGCCACAAACUCCCACAACAGUGACAGUGUCUUCCUCACUAACUCCAACGAUAAAGACAGAUGCAGCUACAAAAACUACUACAACCACAAAACCACAUAGUCCAACAACAAGCAACACAACAUCUGCAAUCAAAACUACACUUGCUACAACAUCUGCCACAAAAUCACAAUCCAUAGCCAGCACCAAAGCUCCAACAACAGCCACGAAACCACAAGCCAUAACAGCUGUAACCCAACCUACUACUUUAACUACAAGUGUAGCAAAACCAACAGUUUCAGCUACUACAGCUACAACUACACAAAGUUUAGGAAAAUCCACAACAACUUCCACAGUAUCUGCUGCAACUACACAAAAUAUAGCUAAAACCAACAUAUCAUCCACAGCAGCUACAACUACAAAACCUGUAGUUCCAAGUACAGCAACUACAACUACACCAAAUGUAGCAAAGUCUCAAACAACUAGCUCAGCAGCUAUUACUACAAAACCUUUAACUUCAGCAACUUCAACCGCACAAACAUCAGGCAAAUCCCUCAUAACUACAACAGCAACUACAACUACGAAAACAGAAGCAACAACUACACAAAGUGCUAGAAAAACUCCCAUAACUUCAACAGUAACCACAACUGAAAAACCUUCAACAACAAAUGUCACAACAACUACACAAAGUGCAGCAAAAUCUCCCAAUACUUCCACAGCAACCACAACUACAAAAUCUUUGACAUCAACAAUAUCGCAAGAUAAAACAGCUAUACAAACUUCAAAACCUUUAACAACAACAACAUCAUCAUCAGCAGCCACCUCCACUAACAAUGUGCCAACCACGAAAAUUGCCAAAACUACUGUUGUUACCACAAAUGAAAAACCCAUUAGCUCAACAACUAUACAAAAACCUAUAACAAAUCCAGCGACUACAACAAAUCAAACAACUACAUCUGCAGCAGCGCCUGCAACAGCUGUUGCAAAACUUCAAAGUAGCUCGGCUAGCACCACAACUACAAACACCUCUGCCUCAACCACAACAAUAGCUAAAACUACAAAGUAGUUUUAUUAAGAAAUAUAGUUGAAAUUUAAUAAAUUACUUUAACUGUUAAAACAAAAACAUUUGACACACCUAACGAAAGCGGUUGCUAAUUUGAAAAUUUUAUUUUAUAUUUUAACAUUUGAGUUUAAACCUGAAUUAAGUAAAAAGGUUUUAAGUAAAAAAUAUAAUAUAAUAAGUUAUAAACUAAUUUUCAAUAGUUUUUGUUAAGCCUGAAUGAAAUUUUUAUAGCAAAAAUUUUCUCAGCUAUAGAACUGAUGAAGACUAUAUUACUAUUAUUCAGUAUUGAGUAUGAGUAAAAUAAAAAAAGAUUUUGAAAGCGAAUUUUUCAUAAUUUUAUAUUGACAUCACUUGACUGAAUACAAUAAUGUCAAAUGGGUAAUAUUUUUCAUGUAAUUCGAGAAUAUUUUAUAAUUGUAAAACUUUGUUACUAAAUUAACAUAAACAUUGUUCCUUUUAAAAAGUCAAUUUAUUUAUAUUUAAAAGAAAAAUAAUUCUGAAAUAUUUACUACAUUUAGAAUUGCAAUUUUUUUAACAUAUUCAUUAAGAAUGACUGAGCGAAGCGAAAUGAGAAGAAAAGAAUUUAAAUACAAUUGUCAAAACUAUAGACAAGAUUUUAGUCUAAACUGUAGUCAACUUUAAACUAGACUAUAGUGCAAACUUUAGUCUAAACUAUAAUCUAAAUUAUAAUUUGAACAAUAUACCGGACUAUUAACAAUAGCUUAAGUCUAAACCAUAUACCAGAUUAAAGUCUAAACUAUAGACUAGACUGUGGCCUAAAUAAUACACUAGACUAAUGACUAAACUAUAGACUAGACUAUAGUUUAAACUAUAGACUACAAUAUAAUGUAAACUAAAACCACAGUCCUAAGUAUAGACUAGAUUAUAGUCUAAACUAUCAAUUAGACUAUAGACUAGUUUAUCGUCUAGUUUAUAGUCUAAACUACAGACUAGCGCAGACUACAGUUUAUAUUAUCGACUUUACUAUAGUCUAAACUAUAUAAACUUGACUAUAGUCUAAACUAUAUACUAGAUUAUAGUCUAUACUAUAGUCUAGUAUAGACUAUAAUCUAUUAAACUACAGUCUAUUAAACUACAGUAUAAUGUUAAACAAAACCACUGUCUAAACUAUAGUCUAGAUUAUAGUAUUAAAUAUAGACUAGACUAUAUACUACUUUAUAGUCUAAACUAUAGAUUAGUAUACAGUCAAGACUAGUUUAUAGAUUACCGUAGAAUACAGUUAAACUUUGGACCUGACUAUAGUCUUAACUAUAUAAAUUUGACUUUAGUCUAAACCGUAUACUGUGAUCUAAACAGACAGACUAGACUGUGGUCUAAACAAUAGAAUAACACUUCACAAUAGUUAAAAUUGUGUGGUGCAAACUAUAGACUAGUUUAUAGUCUAAAUUUUAGA